AAGUGAAACUAAGAUGAACGAGAAUAUCAUUUUUAACAACAGUAGUCGAAUUUCCCUCACUUUUUAUAAACACAUGUCCCCCUCAUUUUGGCAGUAUGUUUGUGGGUUUUGCCUGUUUGGUUGUUUCUGCAAAAUCAGUGGAAGGCCACACUGACUUUGAUCCUAUUUCGUUAGCUUUCAGAGGAGAGAGAAAGAGAGAAGAAGAAGAUAAUGGUGGUAUGAAUUGGGAAUCACUGGGAUUGAAACAAGGCACAAAGCUAAACCCCAAACUACACAACUUCACAUGGAAUUUUGUGGGGAUCAGUUACUACUAAUUGUUUUUGGAUAGCAAAGUACUCACACAAAUAUCAUAAUUUUCAUUUUAUUUUCCAAAAUUUCAAUUUUUUCGGGGUUUCCCAGAUCUCUAGGAUCUCAGAAUUUCAGAGUGUUUUUUCUUGUUCCUCUCAAAUAAUUCUUGCUCAUCCUCUUUGUUGUGUUUUGUUGAGUUUUCCCUUCUUCCUUCUUUCCGACUCUUUUACAGUGAGAAUUGCUUGAAGCAGUGAGUUUUAAGCAUCUGGGUAUUCUUCAUUCUGCAGUAAAAGCUCAAUUUUUUGUUCUAAAAAGGGUAAAAGUCACAUCGUUUCUCUCUCUGAGUUCUUUCUUUUCAUGGCAAUGAUGGUGGAUUUUCUAGGAUUCUCAUUUUAAGGCCACCUUUUUUGUGGGGGUUAAAAAAGUAGGCUCUGGAUAAGUCCUAAAAUUCCAUUUUUUCAGGAAAGUGAAUUUCAAAAAUUGUCAGAAAAUGUCAAAAGAAUGAAAAUUUGGUAAGUGGGUUUAUGCAUAUUUGAAGCCUGCUGGAUGAUUUGAAGCAAGAACAUUGAUAAUGGGGUUUUCCGUACUUACCAUAGUAGGAUUAUUUUUCCUGAUUUUGGUGGGUGCUGUUUCUGCAACUCUCUCACCUGCUGGUGUCAACUAUGAAGUUGUAGCUCUUAUGGCCAUAAAAACAGAAUUGAAGGAUCCUUAUAAUGUUCUUGAGAAUUGGGAUGGAAACUCUGUAGAUCCUUGCAGCUGGAGGAUGAUUACUUGUUCUUCAGAUGGCUAUGUUUCUGCUCUGGGACUGCCUAGUCAGAGUUUAUCUGGGAUGAUAUCUCCUGCAAUUCAGAACCUCACUAAGUUGGAAUCAGUGUUGCUGCAAAACAAUGCAAUAUCAGGUCAUAUUCCUACUGAGAUUGGAAAGUUGGAUAUGCUGCAGACAUUAGAUCUUUCAAACAAUGGGUUUACAGGAGAGAUUCCCAGUUCAGUAGGAGAUUUGAAGAAUCUAAAUUAUUUACGAUUAAAUAACAACAGUCUUACUGGACGUUGCCCUGAUUCUCUCUCAAAAAUUGAAGGUCUAACUCUUGUAGACCUCUCAUUCAACAAUUUAAGCGGCUCACUACCAAAGAUAUCCACCAGGACCUUCAAGAUAAUUGGCAACCCUUUAAUUUGUGGAACAAGUUCUAGUACCAAUUGCUCUGUGGUAUCACCUGAACCACUUUCCUUUCCACCAGAUGCUCUUAGAGAUCAAUCGAAUUCUUCUGUAGGGAAAAGUCACCAUGCAGCUGUAGCAAUUGGUGCAAGCUUUGGUGCUGCUGUUUUAACCAUAGGCGUUGUCGGGCUGGCCAUUUGGUGGUGUUAUGGUCGCAAAAGACAAAUUUUCUUUGAUGUGAAUGAACCAUAUGACCCAGAGAUAUGUCUUGGGCAUUUGAAGAGGUAUAGUUUCAAAGAGUUGCGUUCUGCAACUGACCAUUUUCGCUCAAAGAAUAUACUCGGAAGAGGUGGAUUUGGCAUAGUAUACAAAGGCUGCCUAAACGAUGGCACGAUAGUAGCAGUGAAAAGGUUAAAGGAUUAUAACGUAACUGCAGGGGAAAUUCAGUUUCAGACAGAAGUUGAGACUAUCAGUUUAGCUGUUCAUCGGAAUCUUCUCCGCCUUUGUGGUUUCUGUUCAACUGAGAAUGAAAGGCUUCUUGUCUAUCCAUAUAUGUCAAAUGGUAGUGUCGCAUCUCGCCUAAAAGAUCAUAUUCAUGGUAGACCCGUCUUAGACUGGCCGAGGCGUAGGAGCAUAGCUUUAGGCACGGCAAGGGGGCUGCUGUAUUUGCAUGAGCAGUGUGACCCUAAAAUCAUUCACCGAGAUGUAAAGGCGGCCAACAUUCUGCUUGAUGAGGACUUUGAGGCUGUUGUUGGUGAUUUUGGACUAGCAAAACUGUUGGAUCACCGCGAUUCCCAUGUUACAACAGCAGUUCGUGGCACAGUUGGACAUAUUGCUCCUGAAUAUCUUUGUACAGGCCAGUCAUCUGAGAAAACCGAUGUCUUUGGAUAUGGAAUAUUGCUCCUUGAGUUGAUCACCGGGGAAAAAGCCUUGGAUUUUGGCCGAGCAUCUAAUCAGAAAGGUGUCAUGCUUGAUUGGGUAAAGAAGUUGCACAGUGAUGGGAAGCUUGACCAGUUAGUAGAUAAAGACUUAAAGAACAACUACGACAGGGUGGAAUUAGGAGAUAUGGUACAGGUAGCUCUUUUAUGCACACUAUUUAAUCCAACUCAUCGUCCCAAAAUGUCUGACGUGUUAAGGAUGUUGGAAGAUGACGGGUUAGCCGAAAAAUGGGAGAAUUCACAGAGAAUUGAAACUCCUCGGUCAAGGUCCAGCGAGCCACAACGGUACUCAGAUUACAUUGAAGAAUCCUCACUUGUGGUUGAAGCUAUUGAGCUUUCUGGCCCAAGAUGACACGUCCGGCCUAUAGUUAUGUGAAGUGCCAUUUCAGGAUUCUCUCCGGUAACUGAACCAGGUGCUACUAGAAUCGCGAGAAAGAGAAAACGAAGGAAUAAAAGAUGAAAAAUUCUAGUACUGAAAACUGGUUGGUUACUGGAAAGGAUCCUUACCCUUUAGUUUUAGUAGUUUGCUUCCCUCUCUCUCUUCUUUCGCUCGAGUGCAAAAGCAUUUGGAGUGAGGAAGAAGAAAGACAAUGUGAUUGAUGUCAAUAGAAUGAAUGUAACUCAAUCUGUAAAGAGGAAUAUUGAAUGGAAUAUAUAAGGCUUAGAAGUUAGAAUUAGGUGGGUAAGGGUUGUUAUCUUUGUAGUUUUUUUAGAGUAUUGAAAGAAAAAUUUUGAGGUUAUUUGAGCCGUUGAGAAAUGUAAUUAUAUAGUGUGUUUGUUUGUACUAA